AUGGAUAUUUAUCAGAUUUUACCAAGCUUUGCACCUCAAUACGUCAAAGAAAAUAAAGAUGCACUCGAUUGGGGUACAAAUAAUGUAAUAGCUUUUGCUUCUGGCUGUUCUGUUCAUUUUGCUUAUUUUGACGGUGUAAAAUUCGAUAGAAUUUGCUCCGCUGAGAUGAGUGAAAGUCCAGUAACAGCAAUAUCAAUGCGUCCUAACUGUACAGAAGUCGCAAUUGCUGAUUUAAACCAGAAAAUUUUCAUUUUCGACUAUGCAACUCGAAAAAUCACAGCAACAUUCAAGAGUCCGCGCAUAGCUGCCUUUUGUCAAUACAUUCAAUGUCAUGACGAAUAUUUAUUAGCUUUAGACAAAAAUCGGCGUUUAUUUUGCCUUUCUUUUAUAACAAAAGAUAACAAUGUGGAACAGAAAACAACUAACAUUGAGUGGGAGUUAGUACUUCCGCGCGAGUAUCAGAGAUUUUCAAUUGAUCAACAAACGAAAAAGUACAUUAUCUUUGGAGGCAACACGAAUGUGUUCUCGAUUUACAAAAUAGAUAAGCCUAACAUUAAGCCUACAUCGUUUUACGACACUGUAUCAAUAAAUGACGCAAAUGACGAAAUUAUUAAUUUUGUUGAGUGGUCACUCCACAUCAAUGGCAUUGCAUUCGUCGUAACUAACACUCAGAUUUACAUGUUCCAUCUCGAAAGCCAGUCAGUCGUUCCAAUUGCCUCUCAUCGCCACGUAACUUCACCUUAUUCAUAUAUUUGCCAGCUAAACGAUAACUCGAGAGUACUUAUCGCAUUCCACAAAAGUGGCAGCAUCGAUAUUCUCCAUUCUGACAAUGAUUACGAUUAUUACGUAUCUCAUGAGCGACAAUCACGAGAAGGAAAGAAUUCUAUUGUUUCCGCGUUGUCUUCUCCGUUGAAUGGAAGUCUUAUUGUGCUUUACGUUCAAGAUGUUGGCCUUGAAAUUUUUGAUGCAGACAAAUUCAGAACAACAGUUGUUUUUCCGAUAUAUCCAAGCGACAUUACGACAUUUGAUAGCGAUGGAGAGAUGUACGCGCUAGGAACUUCAGCCGGAUUCAUUAUUUUCGGAAGUAUCAGAGAAAGUAACGAUUUCAAACGCUACAAAGUAUCACAGAACAAAAUAAACUUCGUAGCAUUGGACAUUACGAAGUCUCGCAUAUACUAUCACUCAGAAGAAUCCAUUGGAAUCAUAGAUAUCGCGAGACAUCAAGUUUUACCACUUCCUUCUCGCGGAUUCCUUCCGACAAGAUGCAUCAGUAACCACAAUGGUGCUUUUGUCGUCCAGAGAGGACCAAGUUCCAUUGGAGUUUUCAUAAAUGGCAAAGAAUCAACGGUUUUAUUCAAAACAGACAUUUGCGACGUAAUCGUUGAUAACGAAUCAUCAGAUGGGACAUCGGGAACCUUCGUAACUUUACUAAAAACUGGAGAAAUAUAUUUCCAUGAAUAUUCUCCAACGAAAGGCGUCGAACGUACAAGCGGAUUAAGACCUCAUGGUGUCAACUCAAUACCUACUGCAUUUGCAGUCUCAGAUAUUGGCUACGUAACUGCAUUUGAUAAUGGAACAUUACUUUUCUUCAGAAAAGAAGCGAAAACAUGCACAAACAUACAGACAAACUUUGUUUCCAUCAGGAAUCUGAUGUUUGUUGGCGAAAGUCUAUUCGGAAUUGGCGACAAUUCGACAUUUUUCGAAUUACGUAACGAAAAAGUAGUUACUUUUGCCAUUAGAGUGCUUGAUUACAAGUUUGUGAAUGGUAAGCUUAUACUUGCUAAGUGUCCCGAUGGCGUAGUAAGGUUCUAUCGCUCAUUAGAUUUAGCACCGCUUUCAUCUGUUACAAAAAUGCUUAAAAUGCCAUCUGAACCGGAUAUUAUUGAAAGAUUCACAUCAUUCCCCGGCAAACCAUCUCCAGAAAACAAAAGAGCAUUAACUUGCGUCGGAAGAGAUGUUUGGAACAUUUUGGCAAAAAGUGACAUCCUUCGCUUGCAAAGUUUAUGUUGUUUUGGCAAUUGCAGGAUCGAAUUAAUCUGCCACAAGAUUCUUGCCUCAUUAGAAUGCGAUCUUCCUGAGUUUGGCAUGCAAAAACUCGCUUCUUAUCUUUUUGUCGGCGAAUACGAUGAAGCGGCCGAUUAUAUCCUUAAAACUAACACCAGCAAGAACUUCCUGAUUGCUUCGUUAGCCGCGGCUGUCUUAACACUCUUCGGCGACGUGAAGCUCAGCGACAAAUCAGCUGCCAGAAUCAAGGCGUGUGCAACUUCGAUGUUGGACUCCCAAAGAUUCAUUGAAGCGGCCGUUUUAUUGAGAGCGGGCGGUUUUGACGAACUUGCUUUCAAUUUGCUUUUAGAGAGUCGCCAGAUCGAACUUGCAAAGAAGUUCUGCAGAUCAAUGCUCAGCGGUGUUGAAAAGUCCGAGGCGAUAUUUAAACUCGGCGUAUCUUAUUACGUCGCCGGUGAAUUGGAAUCUGCAACGUUGUGUUUCGCUUCGAGCGGUGAAUUUCAUCCAUGUUUAUUUACGAUGAUUUGCAUGGGAGCCAAUGUUGAUGCUUACUAUAUCAUGCAGUACUUGGAUGAGAAUAAAAUGCUCUCCGAAAUGCAACAAAAAUUUUAUUCGUUGAUGCAAGAUGUUCCAAAAUUAGAUGAUUUGAGAAAAUCAAUCUUGGAUAAAUUUGUUCCUCCGAAAUAA